ACAGCGUGUUGCUUGUCUACUUUGGCAGGCUGCCGGCGCGACCAGCGCUGAGCUCGGCGUUAAGUCCCGCCUGCGCCUUUAAAUGGGGCCGAGUGCACUGCUGUGUGCGUGUCCGACAGAAACCCUACUUCCUACGCUCACUUUUCACUUUUGUAUUCGCCUCGGCUGAGAAGGAGGGGUGGCGGCGGCUAUUUCUGUUUUGUCACCUUCAGAUCGGGUUUCCCUCAGCAGAGCACGUAAUGUGAUUGCGCGGUGCUGCGGAGGAGCUCGCAGCCGCCCAGUGCUGUCGACUCACGGAGCGGGAUAAGUAAGAGCCGGAGCAGAGAGGCUCCGCGCGCGUACAGCUAACUGAAAGCGAAGCCGUGGACUCGAAAGACGUGGCGGCGUUGAAGUAGCUGAAGCCGGUCGCCUCCAGUGCAGCUAAGGCUAUGGAUCUCGAAGAAAACGUUUGAACACGAGGGGAACUCCCAAAACUGCUAUUCUUAUUUUGGUGAACACGGUUCACGGACACACUGUAUGGCUUUCAUAAUGAUGAAGAAAAAGAAAUUUAAGUUUAAAGUCGAUUUUGAUCUGGAAGAACUGUCGUCUGUACCCUUUGUCAACGGAGUUCUAUUCUGCAAAGUCCGGCUGCUGGAUGGAGGCUUUGCGUGCGAAUCUUCCAGGGAGGUUGUCCAUGCGAACUGUGUGCACUGGAAAAAGAAGUUCUCAUUUUUGUGCAAAAUGAGUGCUAGUGCCAGCACUGGUGUCCUUGAUACAUGCAUCUGCCGGGUAUCUGUAAGAAAGGAAUUAAAGGGAGGAAAAACCUAUGCAAAGCUUGGCUUUGCUGACCUCAAUCUAGCUGAAUGUGCUGGGUCUGGAAGUACAACACGCAGAUGUUUAUUAGAAGGCUAUGAUACCAAAAAUACUAGACAAGAUAAUUCCAUUCUGAAGGUGGUGAUCAGUAUGCAGUUGAUGUCAGGAGAUCCCUGCUUCAAAACUCCUCCAUCUACAGCAACGUACAUAGGAAUAGCAUCGGAAGCAGAAUGCUUACUUGAGGAUCGAAAAGGAAGAGAUACUCUUAAACCUUUGAGUAGCAUUGCAGACCCUCCUGGGAAGUGUUCUUCUGUUCCAGAUGAACUUGGAAGGUGUGGACACUCCAGAACCUCAAGCUAUGCUAGUCAGCAGUCAAAAGUGUCGGGAUAUAGUACUGGGCACUCAAGAUCGUCUAGCCUGUCCGAACUUUCACACAGAAGGAAUACAUCAGUAGGAAGCACAUCAACAGGGGUUGUCAGUCUUCCAGAACCCAAUGAGGAUAAUGAGCACAGGGUGGGGCACUGUGUUGGAGCUGCAUCCUCCUUGGCAGAACAUCUAUCUCCAAUGAAGAGUGCCUGCUCAUCAGAGAGGCUUAGUCGGCAUCCAGUGAAGCAGGACUCUGUGGAAUCUCAGCUAAAACGGGUCGAUGCCACAAGGGUUGAUGCAGAUGACAUUGUGGAAAAGAUUUUGCAGAGUCAGGAUUUUACUGGCAGCCUCCUAGACUCCAGUGCAGAAGAAGAAGGGUUACGUUUAUUUGUGGGCCCAGGUGGUAGCACGGCUCUCGGAACACAUCAUCUUCCCACUAGAGUGGGAGCUGGUGCUUAUGAACAAGUUGUGAUCAAACGCUAGAAGAGGAUGGACAUAAUAUCUGAAAAAGCACAGUAUGGAUGCAAUAUUGGUGGAAAUGGCGUUCUUGGAUAGUAUCUCCUUUCAUUCCAAAAGAAAAGUAAAAUUCUGUAGUCUGAAUCAAAUGCUAGUAAGUGAGUGAUCACCUGAAAACCUCCUGCCCUGCCUGGUACAAGGGAUUUUCAGAAUAUGCUUUAAAAACCUAGCAAGUGUGCACUUAAUUGAACAGGAGGAAGAGCUGAUGCAGAACUGCUUACUGCAUAGUAUUGUUGGUUUCCCUUUUAAAACUGUUCUUGAAAAUCUGUCCGAGACUGCACAGGACUCGUCAUUUUAUACAUGGGGGUGACUUUCAAAAGCAGUGGUAACUAAGAUCUGUAAGAGAGCUCAUUUUUAAACGUAACAUUCAUAUAUCUGACAUACCACUUGCAUUUCAAAAGUAUUUUAAUGGUCACAUUUUGUUAUAGCAGAAAUAAGUUUCUUGUAUAUUCACAAACGUACUUAGAAAUAUUUUAUAAUAAAUAUAACUAAUUUGACCACUGCAUAAUGUAUUGCAGUAAGCAGGAAAUGCUUUUAGUAGUUUUCCUUUUAGAACUGGGUACUGCAUUGAUGAAGAUUUUGUAAGGGGCUUGAUUUCAGCUCAAGCAGCAGAGUGUUUAUAUAUUUAUAAUAUAUAAUGAGCACAAAAUAUUGAGACGUUAUGGUAAUGACUGUUUAACUCAGGGUAAACUGUGUGAAAACUGAAGGCCAUCUUUCUCAGACUAUGUUUUUUAUUUUUUUUAAGUUUUUUAUUUUUUUUUUUCCCUUUAAUAAUUUGAACUCACAGAACUGUUCAGUAUUGUCUAUUCCACAUCAAUCACAAAGAGAAACUUGAAAUUUGUGUUUUUGUUUCAAGUGCUUCCACGUGUAAUAAUCUCACCUCUGAUUUGUAUCACUGUGAGUGUUUUAGCAAGUGAUGUUAGAAACUGUAAGAUACUGACAAACACAUUUUGAUAUUCCAAUUCUAAAGCAGGUAGUUGGUCAUUUUAACAUUUACGUAUUUGUUAAUACCUAGCUGUGGUAAACGUAAAAACAAGGCUGCUUCACCAGUAUAUGUAGUGGUGUAUCAACAUGUAAGCACAGCGUACUAAUGUGGUCAGAGUAAUAGUUGUCUCCUUAAAACAGUCUUAUCGUAAGUCAUUGUAGCAUUCGGUCAUUACUAGAUAACUUGCAUCUUUCCUAUGAAACUCUCAAACUGUUUUCUGUACAAACAGGACACACGUUCGUGAUGGUGGUUCUUUCUUUCUGCUUAGGUAAUGUAUUUGUAUAGCCUGAUGUUUUUUUAUUUAGAGUUUACACUGCCUUUGAUUUUCAAGGGUAAUUUUACAGCCUUAACAAUUUUUCAUUAUUUUUAAAUCAAGCGCCAUGAUGUUCAGGCUAUUUGACAGCUUACUAGGGUUUCUGAAAUACUUGCUUUCAUUCUCAGAUUGUUUUUAACUAAUCAGUUUUUAGCCAUGAAUGUUUACAGUUUAGUAUUAUUUUACAGGUGACGCGCACCCUUCUGCUACUCACUGCGCCAUACAAUAAUUAAUUAUUGUCUAAAUCAGGUAUACAAUGGUGGUUGUGGUGUCUGUUAAUUGCUUGUUGUUUCAUUUUAACCAUUUGCCCCCAGAUAUACUGAAUUGGACUCGUACACAACUACUACAUUUGUCACUCGCUGUUUAUCACUGUUCAUUAAAUUGAAAGUAAGUGUGGGGAGAAACGAUCCUGCUCCAUUUUGGAGUAUAUUAUUGAUUAUACACAUCGUAAUUUAACAAGGAAACUGUCCAGUGUAACUAAUCCUGGUAAGCACUGGACAAAUACAAGAACUCUGAAUAAAUGGCGUUCACAACAAAUGGCACCGGAGUAUCCCCAAACUGCUUUCAGCACAAUUUGGCAACUAUCCGUGUUGGUUGACUGACUGACUGACAAGUGUGUGUGUGUGUGUGUGUUUAUAUUUUAUAUAUGUGUACUUUGAAUGUAUGCGUGUAGAAUACUAGCAUAUAUGUAAAGUAUACAUCUAUAAUAUAUUUGUGUGGAUUAUUUAAAUACCUAUACUGUUUUAUAACAUAUUUUAUAACAGUGACACUUUCAUUGAUAAAAAUGGAAAACUGGACAAAUAACUUCAUGUUUACAAGACAACUGUCAGUUUAUUCCAAAUGUUAUAAUUGUACAUAAUAAAUAUUGUGGAACCUUUAAACAUUGUGAAUUUUGUGUAAAGAUUUAAUUUUUUAAUCUCAUUGUUUAAUAAUGUAAAGUGAAACUGGGUGCGUUUUUUGUCCAAUAACCUGGUAAAUUGAAAAAUAUAAAUGUUUAUGGUUGGCAGACCAUUUCUUUGUCAAAUAUAAUUACACAUGUAUUGUGUACACUGAAAUAAAGAAACAUUUAAAAUAAA